AGAAGGAACAGAUCAUUAUUAUCAGAAUUUUUUGAAUGAAUUCAAAUCGCAACAAGUUUCAGUAAAGCACUUAAGUAAAUUAUCAGACAAAGAACUUGAGCAAUGCAGAGUAAACACUAUUGGUGCUCGAAGAACCUUGCACGAUUAUGCAGAAAAUUUUUAA